AUGAAGACGAAGUCAUUGGAUCGCUAUGUGAACAUUCUGAAGAUAAUGGGUCAUGAGGCGACAGUCAUCGACUACCUGAAGGCGGACGUGGAAGGCUCAGAGAUCCCCAUGUUGACAGACAUCAUUAACAACACCCCAAAUCUACUUAAGAAUGUCAAGCAGAUCGGUGUAGAGGUGCAUCUGGAAAGAAAGCUGUACGGAGAGUACUGGAAGAUUUUCCAGCAGCUGGAAUGUUAUGGGUUCCAGUUGUGGUUCAGUGAGAUGAAUCCUGUUAGAAAAUUGUUCUUCAAGGUGAAGGGCAAAAUCCGUUCCUGCUGUUACGAGAUGGUCUGGGCCCGUGACCGCCAGUGGUAGACCACAACAGUGCCUUCUGAUACUACGGGAUGGUCUGGGCCCGUGACCACCAGUGGUAGACCACA